UCCAGGUGACGGGCGAGGCUGACAGGUGACGGGCGAGGCUGACAGGUGACGGGCGAGGCUGACAGGUGACAGACGACUAGUGAGCGAAUCCCUGGCGGGAAGACGCGAGGCUUCCAUCAGCUCGACUCAUCUCCUCCCAUCAACGCUGGUGCGCAGUUUUAAAUCAUCGCCACCACCCCCAUCGGCAAGCAGCAGCAGCAAGCAGCCAGUCUUGGUCUAUCCACUGCUGGAUGAUAACGCUUCCCAAGAGGGGCCGGCGUGACCUUCUGUACACAGUGCCCGCGACGUCUGAAUAAUCCGCGUCGCUCGUCCCCGUGGGCGAAGACGCCGCCUGGACUCCGACUGCCGGAGACCAAAAACAAAACAACGCCGACUAGCGGACCCCAGUGAGAGGGGGUCACGGACCCCGGUGAGAGGGGGUCACGGACCCCGGUUAGAGGGGGUCACGGACCCCAGUGAGAGGGGGUCUCGAACCGGGCCCCGGACGAUCCCCGUCAACCACAGGGACCCCCCCAAAGCCGUCGCUCAUCCGCUGCGUUAGUUUCCUGCGUCACUGGCAACAGUCGAAGGCGACCCGUGGGUUUAUUCAUUUACUCUGGGACUAUGGCUCUGGCUCAUUCAGUAGAAGUCUGCCGGGGGAUCUCCCCCCCGAAUCGGGGGGCAGGCGGCCCCCCGCUGCCCCGCAACCCUCUCCGACCCCUCAACUCCGCGGUCUGCCGGAAUCUGUUCGGGGGUCCGGGCGAGGAUGGGGGGCGACGCGACUCGCAGCUGCGGAGGGAGCUGCGAGAGCUGGCCAGGAGGGACUGCGAGCGAUGGGGGUUCGACUUCGAGAGAGGGACCCCCCUGUCGCCCCCUUGCCGGGAGCAGCAGGAGCAGCAGCAGGAGGAGCAGCAGGAGGAGCAGCAGGAGGGGUCCCGCUACAAGUGGGAGAAGUUGGACGCACGGCUGGUGCCCGAAUUGUAUUGGCCGAGCAUCAUCGUCAGCGGCAGCAGCAGCAGCAGCGGCAUCGUCCAUCCGUCGGCGGGAGAUGUUGGUGGUGGUGGUGACGGCGGAGAGAGGCUGGAGGAGGGCGACUGCAGCAGCAGCAGCAGCAGCUCGAGUUGUUCGCGACGCCGUGUCGCGACAGGGGAGCGCGACAGCAGCGGCAGAGAGGUCGCGACGAGACGGAGCCAUCGCCGCAGGUGUCGCGAGCGGGAGCCGCAUCGCGAUCUGACAGACUAUUUCGUGAAGAGGCGCUACGCGUGCGCGGAGAGUGGAGCGUGUGUGGAGAGCCCCACAAGUCAACAGCACUCGUCCAGCACACCUGAGCAGGUUGGCCUGCACUCCUAACUCCGCACCUCGAAGAGGCCACGCGACUCCACGACAGCACGAUCCCAGGAUAAUGAUGGUCGGGCUGCCCCCAAGCCUUGCCCGACGAAACGACCGUGACAACCGACACUACAGCUUACACAACAUAAACAUGAAGCGACUUUGUGCGCAAAUCCCGAUUGUGUUUACUUACACUCGUACUUCAACAGCAUGCACUUGGUCUUAGCCUUCACUAGGCCCUCAACAGUCUACAACUAGGCCUCCAACAAUACGACAGGUCUACAAAAGUCUAUGGCAGGCCCCCAAAAGCCUAUACUUGGCCCCCAGCAGCCUACGAUAGGUCUCCAAAGCCGACAAUAGGCAACAAUCUGCACUUGGACCCGUGCGAGAACUUGUGCCCACUGGGGCUGGGGAUCGACCCUUUGUUUUGCUCGUGAAUGUGUAACGCAAGAUGUUACACACUAAAAAAAACAGCUCUUGUCUCGCGGCUGCACCCAAGUUGUUUCGAAAGUUCUUCAUUGAGGAAGAAAAAGCUUAAAAUUGAUUUUUUGAAGUUACGAUAGUGACAGCAAAAUGUAUGGCAGUCACUGCAGUGAGACCACAGUGAUCUCACUGUGAGAUCACUGUGGUCUCACUGUGAGAUCACUGCAGAUUUAGGUUGGCAUGCCUAAAGGUCACUUUCAAAAAUAAUUCUCUCAUUUAGGAAGCUUCAGACUUGUCGGACUUCCCAGAACAGACAGCUAGCGUGUAUUGUGUUUUCCUUUUGAACAAAUGCAAAGAUUUGCAGUCGGUUACCUGGUCACGUUCGCUAGGUUGAUUGAGUGUUUAAUUGACAAAAAAAGUGUAUUUAAAGUUAUGGCAUGGAUACACAUGCACGGUUCAAGUUUAUUCUACUGACGGAUGCAAAUCGUAAUUCAAAUUGUGCUUAAUAUUACGCUAUUUGAUCUCUUGCUUCGCCACAAUAACCCAGGGAUUAUCGACGUUAUCUUUGUAACCAUCCGUUGAUUCGGCAAAGCUGAAAUCCACGCUUGUUCUCGCGGUAUACACGCGCUGAAUCGCGUGCCUGUUCUGUGCAAGAAUCGCUAACAUAUUAAGCGAAUGUAUAAAAAAAUACUAAUAGGCGUUUACCCUUUAUGGCAAUAAAAACAGGUGUUAAGGUGUUCAAACACCAAAUAGAAACCUUUUGCAAGGAAUCAAGUGAUACUGGCAAAAAAAGGUCCCAUUUUAUCACGCGAAUGAUAUACGGUACGUGUUGUGUUCACGAAGCGCCGAGGCGAACGGAACGCGAAAACAAGCUUCCAAACCAACGGAUGAGAAACGACACAAACGGAACAAAAAUAUCGAUUUGUUAAUCGAACCGCGACCGUAAAUCAUCAAACGGCGAGAACAGUUGCCGCGCGACUCAAGUCUUUGAAACUUUCGCCGGAAGAUUCGACCCAAUUGUGAGACGCCUUCGACGUCACGGCGGUGGUGCUGCUCAAGCGGCGAUCAAUUGGCCACGUCUGUCCAUCGUGCGACAAUUGUAUUUAUUAACCGUGUGGGGUGGAGGAGGGUUUACGACACGCAUUUGACUGAAGCGAUGUGAUGAGUCGUAUAAAUUAUGAAGCUUCGAAUGCGAGACGACGCUUGGCCAUGUCUCUUGCUCACUGCCGUGAACUCCAGUGGCGCAGCGGCGAUCGAGUGUGCAGGCCGGGGCGGCUGCCCAGGGCAGGACCAGGGCCUACUGCCAUCCACACUGCUACUACGCCACUGGUAAUUCUAUAAGUUGCCCUGAUUUUAAAUAUGUAAAAUAUAUAUCUAUCCGCGAGUUACUUUAGUGAUAAAGCAUUUAACUUAAAACAAAAAGAGUACUUGAGGUGUAACACUAUUUCCUGUACUGUAAAUUUAUAUAGGUUUAUGUUUGUGAUCACACUGUCGAUUUGUUUUUAAACGUAUGGUUUACAAUAAAUAUGCGUCGUAUUGAAUCCGG